AUGUCCAAGUAUUGCAACAACGCUUCACCGCUCACUUCUAGAAUAUCGGGGAAGCAUAACACAACUUGGAAAAGGCUUAUUAGAGUUCGGGCCCAAGCACAGCCUCACAUUCGAUGGGUGGUGGGGCAAGGGAAAAUCUUUUUUUGGGAUGAUAUAUGGCUCGGCAAGUCUGCCCUUAGGGAUCUCGCACUUAAUGAUAGGGGAUGCCCGAACGCCUUGGUUGGGGACUUCAUCUGGGAAGGGACCUGGGAUAAGCCCAAGAUCUGGUUGCUCCAUGCUCGGGCUGGCCUCCCCCAACGAGCUACUGAACAAAUCCUUGACACACCGAUUGUUGACGGGGGACCUGACAUUCCAUGGUGGAACCUCUCCCGCUUCGGGGACUUCUCACUCGCCACGACUUGGGAGACCAUCCGAACACAACGUCCCAUCAUCCGGGGAUUGGAUGAUAUUUGGAAGGCUUGCCUUACCACCUCAAUCUCCAUUUUCAUAUGGAGGCUGCUCUCAAACCGAAUCCCCGUUGACACAAAACUCCAAUGGCGGAAAAUGGAGCUAGCUUCAAAAUGUGAAUAUUGCCCGCAUAGGCCAGGGAGUAAUCAGUGUAUGGAGAGAAUUCGAUCCCUGGUUCGAAGGAUCUUCCCACCAUUGCAGAUCAAUGACACGAUUCCAGAUAGACUCGGGGUAUGA